CUGAUAGCGGGCACUUACUCACCUUUCCCUAGAGAGUAUAUAUACACACACAACCAACCCAAUGCCUCUCAGCUCUGCAUAAAGAUAUCGCAUCAACAAAGAAGGGGGAAAACCAGUUGCAGAAACCUCCUUUGUGGGAUAUUUUUCUUCCAUUGACACCAGACUGCUUCAGUUCCCAGAAUCAUGAAGUUGUUUCUUCUCUAUCUUUUUGCUGCCUUGAUAGCUGCAGCAAACUCUCUGGAAUGUGUCUGUACUCCUGGUACAAAAGAGUGUCAAAACAAUGCUUGUACAGUUGAUGGAGGAUCCUGCAUUUCAGCGGAAUGGAAUUUUACAAUAUCCAAAGCAAGACUCAUAAGCGAAUUCAGAGGCUGUGAAGGCAACAAGGCCCGUUUCGAUGCAUGCAAAGCAGGGGACUUGGUCUUCACAGCAGGGACAAAUUUUACCUGGAACUCUGUAUGCUGCAAAACGAAAAACUGCAAUAAUGUUAGACCUGCAGUAAACACCACUGUCACCAGGAAGGUGUGCCCUACAUGCUUCGUUUUCAGCGAUAAGCCCUGCCAUGGUAAGAAGGAAAACUGCACUGGAUCCCAAGACUACUGCCUCACCAUUUCUGGGGAUUUCCAAGAUUAUACACAUCCAUCUACGGCCUUUUUUGGGCAAGGCUGUGCUACUCACGCAGCAAAAAUCCUUGUCAAGGGCACCAAAAUGACCUUUGGAGAGGUUGACAUCUCGAUCGCCACCAGCCACAUAGAGAAAGCAAAAGAUGGAGCCAGCCUGGUAUCCGGGAGCAUUGCUUUCACCAUUCUCCUGCCCUAUCUCCUUGGGCUCCUGCUGGACAAAUUCCUUUACUGAUUCCAUUUGGUUCAAGGCGUCUUCCUCAGCCAAGCUGGGAAAAGCAUCUCCAAUGCAAUGCAACAAAAGAAGGCGCAGUUCCUAGAAGUUCAGGCUCCAGCAUCUGCUAAUGUCUGUUUGCAGGCUUGCAUUUGAUUUCAAAGAGCAAAUUAGUUAAAUUAAGGGGGAUCCUAAUGCAUCUGUCUUUGUGUGUGUGUGUGUGUGUGUGUGGUGUGCACGCACCCCUGUAUGCAUGAGAAUGUGUAAGUUGGGAAACUAUUUGCAUGAGGGAUGAUGAAUAAGUCAUUGGCCCUCCAGAUGUUGUUGGAUGUUCAUCAGACCCAGCCAGUAUAGUCAAUGAUCAUGGAUGAUGUGAGCUGGUGUCUAACCACAUCUGGAGGGCUGUAGGCACCCCAUCCCUGGAUUACAGAAACAUUAUGCCUCUCUACUCAGAAAGGAGUCUCAUUGGGUUGCCUGGGAUUUGCUCCCAGGUAAAUGUGCACAGGAGUGCCAUGUUAGCUGAUUAAGCAAAUAAGUUUUAACUGAUUUUAACUGAUCAACUCAAAAUUGCAUAAAACAACAGUUUCAAAAGGUGGAGCAUAUUUUACUUGUUUUUUUUAAAGAUGGCAUGCUUCAGGAAUCACCAGCUUGCAGCACUUGGGCACCCAUAUGCCCUCACAGGCCUUACCUGGCUCCCACAGAGUUCCCUCCCAGUUCUGAAAUUUUGCUUGAUUUUUUUUUUUUGCUGUUGUAGCAAAUGUUGCAGGGUAUGUGAGGUUCCCACAGCACUUUCUCCAAUUUGCAAAUGUGCCCAUUGGCCCCCAAAUGAUGGUGACAUUUAAUGUGCAAGUGCGUGCACACACACACACACAUACACCAGUUGCAGCAAGUGCCAACUUAGAAGAGGCAUCCCUCCUAAAUGAAGCAAACGGAGGAUGCUUCUUCUAAGAUGCUGGCUGCCAGCUGCAGUUUUUGUAAUUACAUCUAUAAAAAAACAAUUGUUUUAAAUAAAUGAAUGAAUGCAUCUCUAGAUUAACUGGGCAGGCUUUUUUAAAAGGCAAUUGAAAAGGUGAUUUUAAUCAGUUAAUGUAAUGAAUUGGUCAAUGAAAUGAAAUGUAUUGUGAUUUCUUCUGAACUCUGUGGCAGAAAACAUGCUUUGCAGAUGGAAGGUUUCACGCUCAAUCUGCAGCUAACAGACCCUGUGUACCAAGAUCCAUGGGACCACUGUGGUCGGAAGGUAUAUGGUGUUUCUGUGCACUCUGGCUUCCAUCACAGUGUUCUGUUGUGCCAGAAGUGGUUUAGUAAUGCUGGCCACAUGACCCGGAAAGCUGUCUGUGGACAAAUGCGGGCUCCCUCGGCCUGAAAACCAGAUGAGCGCCGCAACCCCAUAGUCACCUUUGAGUCCUUUACCAGGACCAGGAAUGAAUCUCUGCUUUGAGAUCUCAGAGAGGACCUGCCAAUCAAAAAAGGCAGCAUGUGGAGAGAAGGACUAAUGAUCUGACUUGACAUAUAUGACAGUUUUGCAUGUGUGCUUUUUAGAAUUAAACAAAUCUCACUUGAA